AUGUACGACGUCGCUGUGAAGAUUCUACAUGUUGACGACGACGACGUCGACUCUCCCCUGAUCAACACCGAAAAGGAAUUCCUGGAUGAAGCCAAGAUGAUGCUCGGACUCGACGACCAUCCUCACAUCAUCAAGAUUGCGGGAAUUUGUUCAAGAAUUGGCACGGUUGGGUUCGUUGCACGACUUUCUCUUGACGAACAAAGACAGGAUUACUGGGGAACAUUUUCGUGUAUGGGCUGCUCAAGUGGCGAAAGAAAUUUGCUGUUGAAGCAUGACUUGCUGGUGAAAAUAAGCGACUUUGGAUUAAGUCGAGCACUGGGACGUGGUGAAGAUAUUUACACUGCUUCCAAUCGUGGAAAAUGGCCCGUCAAAUGGUACGCUCCAGAGAAUUUUUCCUUUGCGGAAUUCACCAUUGCUAGUGAUGUUUGGAGUUUCGGGAUCGUGUUGUGGGAAAUGCAUUCACUCGGAGCAACUCCGUAUGGAGAAAUGUCUGGAGCAGAGAUAAACGACAUGCUUGAGAGAGGGGAUCGACUGGAGAAACCCGCUCGAUGUCCUUCGGACGUGUAUAAAAUCAUGGAGAAUUGUUGGGCCUAUCGUCCGGAAGACAGACCCACUUUCGAACGUCUGGACCGUUACUUUUCCUGCGAACGCUACGAAAACCUGCCGAGCACGACCUUGCUUAAAAAUCGCGCCAAAUUGGCGAAAUCUCCGAGGAAAGCGUAAAGGUAUAUAUGUCCUGCAUUAUUUCCUUUCGCUCAAAAAAAAAAUGAGUGCCUUCUGACGAUGGUUUCGAACGCUGAAGUAUUGAGUGCGUCAGUGUGCAAAAAUUUCCGUGUUUGGAAGCUUUUUUUUUAUUUGUUGGCUUCGGUUUUGUUCCGUGUUCGAGUAUCACGAAAGAUCCUGUUUUUUUUUCCGCGAUGAGAUGUUUUUGACUGCAGUAUUUUCUUUUGCGCAGGAAACUUUCUAGAUUGUUGAGGAUGUGAAGGUCAGACUGAUGGUUGAUCUGCUUUUAAUCAUCAUCAUCAUCAUGGAGUGUUACAGCAGGGGUGUUAUGUGGCCACAGUUGCUUAUGUAUAGAGGCUUUUUUUAAUACUGUACUUCCUUGAAUAGAAUAUAUAUAAGGGAUGGAGGAUUUAUUUCAUGAUAUUUGAGAGUGUGAGAAGACUUGGUGAUGAUUGACGUGUUGUGGAUAUUCCAGCUUUUUUUUUUUUUUUUGCUUGAAAAGUGAGACGAAAACGCU